AUGCAAAGCUUAACAAGUGAUGAACUUAUGUGCCGCUCAGCUUCUGUAUCCACAUCUGGAGCAACACCAAUGGUAAAUGAUUACUCAAGGUCGAAUUUAAGUUCAUCAGAGUCUUUCUUAGAAUCUCCUCUUGGAACACCACUUUCAACAAGAGGAUCCACUCCCUUGCCAUCAUCUUUUGCGAGGGACGCUAUGGAGGCUGAGUUUUCAGACGAAAGUGAUGAUGAAUUACAAGAUUGGUCUAUGCUAAAUAGCUUUUCAAAGAAGGGUAUGAAAGACAUGGAACCAUUAUUAACCGAUGCCGAUAUUCAUCAAUUAUCAGCAUAUGAUCAGAAUAAACUUAACAAGGCUAGGAAUAUGAGAUUUAAUGCGCUAGCAGUAAAAAGAGGUGCCAUUGUGAAUUUGGAGAAUUUAAAGGCAAGUACAAUAUAUAUAAAUAAAGACGAUCAUAAUGACCUUUUCAUGCUUCAACCGAAAGGGAAAUUUUUAGAGACUAUGGGAUUUAUUGACAACCAAAAUGUUUGCCAUUUUGGGUUUGAGGAGGUUUUGUAUCUAGUUGAGAGGGGUAGUUGUAUGUUGAAAUUCUGGGAUCCUAAUAACGGUGAAAAUAACAAGAUAUAUGAUAAAAUGCCACCUCUGAGCUUGCAAGUAGCUUAUUCUAUUUUGGUUAAAAGUGAGGAGCAGUUGACCCAGUAUCUAGUAUAUUCUAUUCUAAAACGUGAUGGCUACAUCAUUACAAGACAUGAAGAAUUUGGAGGAUUAAUAUCUGGUAAGAAAUCCGAAAUACUCAAACCUGCAGAUGAACUCUUCAAGAACGUAAGAAUGAGUUUUUGGACUCGAUUACUAGUUAGUGUAUCUGAUUUUUUCGGUAUUAGGUUCCCAUUCAAAUUGGCUUUUUCAUAUUUCAAUAUUUUCACAUUUUUGCAUUCAAAAAUAUGGAAGCAAUCCAUGAGUAUCUCCGACCUUCCCAGAAUACAAGCUGACAUUAAUGAACCAAGUAAAGUGCAUAAAAUAUCAUUUAAUGUUUGGAAGCCUUCUCCAAACUUUAAGAAGAAAAAUCCGCCUUUACCUGAUUAUCAGAUUUCGAUAUUUAAAGCUGCUGAGAAAAUACCUAAAUACUCUGAAAUAAGAUCUUUACUUGAAAGAGCAAGAUCAAACCCUGAUACUUACAAGCCAAAACCAAAGACCAGGGCCAAAAACAAACAGAGAGAUGAAGAUAAGAAAGAAAUGGGAAAAACUAGGACAAAGUCUCUCGAUUCAAGCUGGGAUUAUUCUAAAGGCAUAGACAUGGCUGCACUCAAGUCUGACCCAAAUAGGAUAACUUUGGCUAUAGUUGAUAAUACAACGGUGAAUUUUAUUACACUUUCCCACGUUAGUUUUGUCGCUCAAGGUCCUGUUUGGAGAGAUCACUGGGUUACUUGGCGUCCACCUGCACGUAAAAAUAAUAAACGAAACACGAAAAAAAGACUGGAUAAAAAUCCCAAACAGCUAUCGAUCAACACCGAAGAGAGUAACCUUCUUUCACGAGGAAGCGAAAGUCAGAAAUUACAAAUGGAUGCCAAUUUUGACGAGGUUCCUGCCACAGCCCCUUUUUAA